CGCUACGCGAUAUUAGCUUACAUUAGCCUGGCAUUCGGCUCUUCGCAUCGAUGCUCUUGAAAGACGGCAGUUGGUAGUAUUCCAGACAUCAAGUCGUGGCACCCAUAGUAUGAAGGAUAAACUUGCCAUGGGCUGCAGGCUGAUGUUUGGUAGCUGUCGAUAACAUCGGAACGCUGUAGAUCACAGUAACGCGACCCGAUGAGACUACACACCUGCAUCAGUGCCUUCGGGCUCCUCACGACUGCGAAGGCAGGGCUUCUGCGCUUUGGCUGCGCGCAGUUGACUGUCCAGAGACUUGACCCGUUGGUUAACCCAGGCUCGAAUCCCUCGCCGCAUCUUCAUCAGAUCAUCGGAGGUAACUCAUUCAACGUUACCAUGGAUCCAGCCAAAGGCCAUAAUCUGGCGACACAAUCAACAUGCACCACCUGCGAGUUUUCCGAAGACUUGAGCAACUACUGGACCGCAGUCGUGUACUUCAAAGCCAAGAACGGUACCUUCAAGCGCGUACCCCAACGAGCGCAACAAGGCAUGGAUGGUACCAACGGCGGCAUGGUCGUAUACUACAUGACCGACGCUCUCUUCAGCACCUCGCAAACCACCAAAGUAACAGCCUUCAAGCCCGGUUUCCGCAUGCUGAUCGGCGACGUCUCGUACCGCUCUCGCGAGGAAGCUCGCGACUUCCGACAGUUGACAUAUAUCUGCAUGCAAAACGAGGGUACCCGAGAGCCUGAGACACUCGAGUUCCCAAAGCAGCCUUGCCCGGCCGGCAUCAUGAUCAACCAUAGGUUUCCAACCUGCUGGGAUGGCGUGAACCUCGACUCACCAAACCACCGUGAGCACGUCUCAUAUCCCGCGACGGGCACAUUUGAAAAUGCCGGCGCAUGUCCAUCGACACACCCCGUCCGCCUGCCCCAGAUCCUGCUAGAGACGGUCUGGGACACGAAACAGUUCAACAACAAGGCCGACUGGCCAAGCGAUGGUAGUCAACCUUUUGUCUGGUCCAGCGGCGACGCGACUGGUUUCUCGACGCAUGCGGACUACCUGUUCGGCUGGAAGGACGACUCACUGCAGAAGGCUAUGGAUGGGAAUAAUUAUGUGUCGGCGCCAACGCUGAAGAAGCAGAAUAUUGCGACGCAGAAUAAGUGCAAUGUCAAGGACAUGGUUGGCGAGAACUUUGAUGGUUGGCUGACGGCGUUGCCGGGUGGGAUGCAGAUUGGUUGAGGCACGUCUCUAUCAAGAUUUAGUUUGUUGCGUUGAGAUGUUGUGGCUGUAUCAUUGGUUAGGAAGGUCUGACUCGUUUGCAACUAUCGCUUUACUACGAGUGCACGGGGUUUCGUCAAAGUGAAU